AUGCUCGGUGGAGGGCAUAUCCUCUCUGGCGUGGCACGAGGUGCGCCGCACUUUCUGCUACUGCGGCUGCCGUCCGUUUUGUUAGGCAUGGCUGCUGGGUACUGCAGCAUCCUCCUCCUGUUCGGCCCCCUGCCGUUCGUGUACGGUGUCGUGCAGCUGCUGUUCACUGCAGCGAUCGCGUGGGGACUGGCGACGGCCGCCCGUGUAGGAAUCGAAAAGGGCACGGCCUUGCUGCAGCGGUGGAUGCUUGACGGCCGGGGAAUAGGCUCGUCGACGACAGCGAUCCAUGCGCAUGGNGAAAAGGGCACGGCCUUGCUGCAGCGGUGGAUGCUUGACGGCCGGGGAAUAGGCUCGUCGACGACAGCGAUCCAUGCGCAUGGUGGCGUUAGGGGCACUGGUGAUGCGGUGGCUGACGGCGGGGAUGCGGAGGAGUUGGACUGA